GAGCCCGCCCCCAGCGGUUCCGAGCCUCGGACCCGGGGCUGCCCCGGAGCGCGAGGAGCGCCCUGGCCCGGGAUGGCGAGGCAGUCGAGACCGAGCGCAGCCCUGGUCGCCGCGUCUGCGGAGGACCGGGCCGAGAUCCUGUCGGUGAAGGUGGAGGACGAGGAGGCGGGUUCGAGCCGCAGCCCCGCUCGGGGCCCCGAGCGCUGCCGCCUGCGCUUCCGCGGCUUCCGCUACCCCGAGGCCGGGGGGCCGCGCGAGGCGCUGCGCCGGCUCCGGCAGCUCUGCCGGCUGUGGCUGCGGCCCGAGACGCACAGCAAGGAGCAGAUCGUGGAGCUGCUGGUGCUGGAGCAGUUCCUGGCCGUCCUGCCCGCGGAGCUGCGGGCCCGGGUGCGGGGACGGUGUCCGGAGAGCGGCGAGGAGGCGCUGGCGGCGCUGGAGGACGCGGAGACGGACGCGGACACCCGAGACGCAGCACGGCAGGGACAGGACAUGCACCUACUGGUGACAGAUUAUGAGGGAGCAUCUUUGGAGCGUCAGAGCCUCCAGCUCCUGCCCGGGGUGCCCACUCUGAAGUGUGAGCCUCCAGAGCUCCCCCAAGAGAACCUCCAGGAAGUGCAUGGUGAGUGCUGGGGUGAGUUUAGCAAGGGUCCUGAAAGCAGGCCACUAACUUCUUAGUAAAAGCAUCUGUGUCUACAUCCUCAAGGUUUGUUUCUUUGUCUAACCCUGUACUAAGCAAACUUUUUUAAAACAUUUGAAAUUGUAAAAUGCUAGAAUUCUAAGAUCCUAUCAUCCAACAUCCUCAGUUAAUAAUUAGGAAAACCAAAACUCAGAGUUUAAAUGACUUUCCCAGGGUCAGCAGAGGCAGAGCACCUUCUAGAAUUUAAGUCACCUUACCCUCUGACCAAAAUUCUCUCUACCACAUACCUGUACUCUAUACCACUCAGUUUUGUGGGUGGGAGACUAAAGCUUGAAACCUCGAACUCCUGACAGAAUGAAAACAGUCGUGAUGCUCUGUCUUAGGAAGAUCUGUAUCUUAGUCUAUGGCCAUGCCACCCUGAAGAAUCCCGAUCCCGUCUGAUCUCGGAAGCUAAGCAGGGUCAGGCCUGAUAAGUACUU